UAGCAAACAAACUUCAACUCAAGUGGAGAUGUGUUUCUGAAAAAUUUAUGGCCAGAUGCUUCAGAAAUUUAACCAGAUUUAUGCACCACUGGGUUAGAACUAUGCUCAUACCAAUGGUUGUUCAGACAACUGCUCUUUUCCACCAAAAGUAAAGUUUUACAGAAGAAAAUCUUACAGAGGUGUCACAAUGGUACAGAACACACAGAUCCUUUUAUGGAUUGUUGCUAGAAUGAGGACUGGCCACAAAGUUGUAGCUACAAUUAGAGCUUUAUUAUGACAUAAAAAUUCACUUAUCAGCAUAGCUUGCUGUUAUCUACAAUUUCUAGCAGUAGCUUAUGGCUGCACAGAAUUUUUCGCAAUAAUCCCAACUUUCAGUUGAGCAGAAUUUCUAAUAAUCAGUGUAGCUUUCUUUACUAUCUAGAGUCUUUGGUUAUGUAGGCUUUUAGUCACCUGGGCCCUCUGCAAUUCAGGUCAAAGUCUUGAUAAUCAGUGUGUGACACAAUAAUCAUAAUCUAGAUUGAYUUUACUCAACCUGCCAGUCCCUGUAUCAUUGGGUGACAAGAGGUACUGGAUAUCUCUCCUUGAUUAUCUGUUUCCCAGUAAAACUCUGCAACUUAGUUCAGUCUAGAUAUGCCACUGGCAAUAAAUUAAAAAUAGUCUACAUAUUCUGGAGAAAUAAUGUGUGUAAAGAUUAUGUCAUUAGGAGAAGAGAUGCUACCUAGCACUUCCUCCCAUUAGUUAAUUUUCACAAGUGGUUUUCAGAAGUUCCCUUYAGAAUAUAAACAACUUGUUUUGGAUUUCCCCUUACCCAAUCUUCAUUAAAUGUAUUUCAAAAUUAAAGGAACUGGAGUCAUGUAUCAGAUUAAAUCCCAGUUAAAAUCUUUAUUACACAAAUAGUAUUUUGAAGAUAUAAUACUUAACUUCAAUGGGGUUAUUCUGGAUUUGCUUUUGAUCUCAUUAUACUYUUAUGAGAGCAAAACCUGCUAAGCUGCUUUGGGGGUGCUGAUGUUACAAUCCUUUUUCCAUGGUGAAAAAUACUUUUGACCUAAUACUAUGCACUACAUUUGCCAGGUUUGUAAAAUUAGUGGAAUAAUCUGUAUCACAUUCUUAAAUGUAAGAAAGCUAUGAAUAACUCCUUUGUUUCUGUGAAUCUUUCUUURUGGCAAAAACUCUUCCAGUUUCACUUCUUGAACAUUUCUGUUGGCUCUGCUAUUCUAGUUCCUCCUUUAACAUUUUAGAAAUGAACUUCAAAAGAUGUUUUGAGAUCAGGAUAACAAAACAAUUUCAUACUCUUUGGCCAGACUCUGAAGAAUUAGGAUUCAUUUAGGAUUUAAAUACUGUACUGACUAUUAAGUUUCCUARGAAAAGUCAUAAAACUCAUAACCCAUUUGUGGUACAGCAGGACAAUAAUGUAAUCAUAUAUUUUCUCUCUGACAUGGAGCAUUUCCUCCUAUAACUCUAUAUCCAGAUUGAAUAUUCCAAUGGUUAUUGUUUGGUAAAGAACUUCAAUUUACCAGAGAAUUGGAAAUACAGCUCCCACUCACUUUAUUGCACCAGUAUAGAAAGGACAAAUAUUGACUUCCUUUGUGCCAGUGUAUUUCUAGAGUAUGAAUGACUGUUUUCUGCUGAAUUAAAAAAGAUGACRUGAAGGCAGUAAGCACGAUUUUUUUAUGCUUUAAUAUUCAUGUCAAACAUAAUGUACAUUUGUAGUUUACCUGCCAGUCCUUUUUUUCAUUUUUGUAAAAUAAAUGGCUGUUGUUCACAGGAGCAAGAGCAGAAUAGCAUAAAAAGGGUUUCUGUCUCCUGACAGCAGUUGAUUAGAUCAGUAGCAUCAACAMAGAACUUCUUUAAAUAGGGAAACUUUAGAAAACUACCAACAUGCUUUAAACUCUGCUGAAACAYGAUAGAAGUAUGACUGAGAGCAAAGUAGGUGCUGCACUGCAUUUUUAUUUUUGCUUUGUAUGCAAAAGUGCCCAUCCUCCUAAACCACAGGAACUGCCAUAUAUGGUCAGACGUCUGCAGAGCRUGAGGAUGUGAGCUCUUAGUCUGUAUUAGCUUUCAGAACAUCAGUUACAAGAGAAGUUUUGAGUGGUUCACCAACACCUUCAGACUAAAAGCAAAGCAUAGAGCAACCAAGAACKGAAGAAUUUUCAGAAUGAGUCCAGCUGAGGAAAGCAAUAUUGACUCAACAUGGGAUAUUGUGAGGUCAGUAGUCUGCGUAAUACUGAGCUUGUCAUUUAUUAUUGGCACCCCUGGAAACUGCAUCGUCAUCUGGACUGUUUGUACAAAAAUGAAGCAAGUAUCUCUUUCAGUGCUCCUGAUCUUGAACCUGGCCAUUGCUGAUGUUCUUGUACUGAUCACUUUGCCAAUYUGGAUUUACUCCUUUGCUGACUCGUGGGUUUUUGGAGUCAUCUUCUGCAAAACACUGGUUUUCAUUAUUUACUGCAGCAUGUAUGCCAGUAUAUUUCUAAUUACAGCACUCAGCUUGGAGCGGCUGAUGGCUGUGUUUUACCCUUUCACAAUGCAAAGAUACAAAAGAAAAGAAAAAGCUUCUUUGAUCAUGUUCCUCAUUUGGUUCCUGUCUAUUGCCUUCGGCAUUUCUGUCAUUCCAUUUCAAGAGACCGAAGAAAUGAAUGGUCGACUUCUAUGCACAUGUCGCAGCUACUCUUCUAACAGACAGAAAGUGUCAUAUCUUCUGCUGGAGACCCUUGCAGGUUUUGUAAUCCCUUUCUUAAUUAUUUGCACCUGUUAUGUGUGUGUUGCAAGAAGAAUAAGCAGAAUGACUUACCAAUCCAAGCAGCGAUCGGAGCGUCUCAUUGCCAGCGUUGUGGUGGCGUUCAUUCUGUGCUGGUUCCCUCACCACCUCUUUAACAUCCUGGACAUUAUUUCAAUUGAAACAGAGCUCUCUAAUGAGGAGAUGUCUUUGGCACUGGAAGAAAUUGUAGACAAAGGAGUGUACAUCUCUGGAGCACUUGUAUUCAUCAGUAGCUGUAUUAACCCUCUGCUUUAUGCUUUUGCUGCACGGAGGUUUCAGAACCACCUGAGGUUUGCCAAGAUAUCAAAGCUGUUUGAACAGAUCAGUCAGACUGUAACAGAGGAAGACAGGAAAAGAAGUCUGGUUGUAGCCAAACAACGAGACUCUUUGGUAGGCACAGAAAAUCUCUAACAAGGAACUUAGUGAAUAAUCUGUGUCAUUUCUUCAGCAGUCCUUUCUCCUCUUACUCUCAGUGUCAUUUAUUGAGCAGUCAUGGGAAAGCUGGAGAMAGAUAAAAGUCUUCUGGUGUUUAUUCUUGUGUGUUUUAUAAAAAUUGGCAUUGGCARCCUGGUUCCUUUCAUAAGGUGGUAUUCACAUCAUGGAAUGAGCACUAUUUCACUGUUGCUGAGAACCUCAGGAAGGUGGCUAAAAGCUCAAAUUGUAAGGAAUACAGGAUUUUUACUUUGCAUUGAUUUCUAGAAAGUCUGUGUGCAGAAAACAGAAAAGAACUGCGUGGAAAAGAGAGACUUUGAAAGUUUGAAACAAAGUUUUUCUUCAGAAAAACAAUUGUUACAUUUUCAAAAAUACUUAYAUAAUGUAAAGUUUUAGUAAGUUUUACAUUCUUUAUACAGGUAAGAGUGGUUUUAAAGUAUGCUAAUGACACAAAACUCCUCUGGGUCAAUGGAAAAUCUAAAGUWAUUUUUAUUCAUUACUUAGGUUUGAAAGUUAUGAGGGUUGUUUAUACAAGCUCAUUUACUACAUUAUCUUGUGGUAAUAGAUUUGAACAAGUGAGAUGUGAAGUGUGACAUCCCUCCUGAAGAAGCAGGAUGUAUGAGAACUGUGUUGUAUGGCAAACCAUUGCAGACUGCAUGCUGUAUUUGGUGUCAAACACAUUGCAYUCUUCAGUGGCAAUUAAGCUAUGGAUGUGUUAAAUAUAUAUACUUGGAGUAUCCUUAAGAUUUUUGAUUCCAAGAAGUUAAGCUUCMAAGAUGCCUAUUAAAUACGGAGGAAUUGGAGAUGAGGCUCAGGUGAGAAGAAAGGAGAGAUCCUUGAUAUUAUUUUUUAUGCCUACAAAAAUUAUGAUAGCAGUACAGAGUGUCUAAUAUCAUAAGAACUUCACCUUGCAAAUAAAAGCAUUGGUUUUUUUCUUUUAUAGAAUAGUGGACUUUGUCAUAAGAAACCAAUAAAAUUAGUAUUUGCAAGGGCUUUAGUUUUGUGAAUGCAAACUACUCACUGUGAAAAACUGCAUGGCAUCAAGUGUUUGCUUAUGAAGUUUUAUUUAUUUCAAUUGUGCAUAACAUUUUAUGCUUAUUUUUGUUACUUUUUAAGUCRAUAAUUUUUAAUUAGAUUAAUAUAACUACUGAUUAAGAAGCAUAUUUUAAUUUCACAUUCCUUAUUCUAGACAGCUGCGAAAUAUCUACAUUACUCAUCUUUACAAAGUAAUUACAAAUACUAACUAGAAGUUAAUUUUUGAAGCCUGAUUGUGUAACAGUGAAGGAUAUUUGAGUUGUAUUAAUUUAGUUUGUAAACUGAAAUAAACRUGGGGAAGUAAAAUCCUUUAGCUGUUAAUGGAAUAAUACUUCUCUAAACUUUGUAUAUGUAUUUGUUAUUCCUGCUUGCUAUCUAAAGGUAUUUUUUUCUCCUGAAUAGGAGAAAAGUUCACAGCACAAAGGGUUUUCCUUCAAUASGACUCCCUCACUGAAAUUAAAGAAAACUUUAGCAAGAUCUU